CCCCCCCCCCACCCCCCCCCUCCAACCACCACCAUGGCCAGCAACGUGACCAACAAGACGGACCCGCGCUCCAUGAACUCGCGGGUCUUCAUCGGGAACCUCAACACGCUGGUGGUGAAGAAGAGCGACGUGGAGGCCAUCUUCGCCAAGUACGGCAAGAUCGUGGGCUGCUCCGUGCACAAGGGCUUCGCCUUCGUGCAGUACGUGGCCGAGCGCAACGCCAGGGCGGCCGUGGCUGGAGAGGACGGGAGGAUGAUCGCCGGGCAGGUGUUGGACAUCAACCUGGCGGCCGAGCCGAAGGUGAACCGGGGCAAGGCCGGGGUGAAGCGCUCGGCAGCUGAGCUCUAUGGGUCAGUACCUGCCCCACCUUCUCCGGCCCCUCUCGUCAGAUCUUCGUUUGAUCUCGACUAUGAUUUCCAGAGGGAUUAUUAUGACAGGAUGUACAGUUACCCAGCGCGGGUCCCCCCGCCGCCCCCCAUCGCCCGCGCCGUGGUGCCCUCCAAGCGGCAGCGGGUGUCCGGGAACACCUCCCGCCGGGGCAAGAGCUUCAACAGCAAGAGCGGCCAGCGGGGCUCCUCCUCCAAGUCCUCCAAGGUGAAGGGCGAUGACCUGCAGAGCAUCAAGAAGGAGCUGAGCCAGAUCAAGCAGAAGGUGGACGCGCUGCUCGAGAGCCUGGAGCGCCUCGAGAGGGAGCAGAAGCUCAAGAGCGAGAAGGCGGAGGAGGAGCUGUGCGGGGGCGGGGCCGGCGCGGGGGGCGGGGCCAAGAAGGAGGAAGGGGCCGGCGGGGGGGGGAAGGGCGACGGCGACGACUCCCCCGAGGAGGGGGACCUGGAGGAGGAGGAGCCUGAGGAGCGCGAGCACGAGCAGCUCGAGUCCCUGAAGGGCGAUGAGAAGGAGGCCGAGGAGGGCGAGGACGACCGCGACAGCGCCAAUGGGGAGGACGACUCCUAAGCCCCGCCCCCUUCCCCCUUAAGCCCCGCCCCCUUCAAGCCCCGCCCCUU